AUGAAAUUUCAGAAAUGUGCUAGUGGCUUUCAACAAACAAAAUUCUUUUCUCCUGUCUCACCAGGCCGCCUUAAUAUUACUUACCCCAUGCUGUUCAAGCUGACCAACAAAAACUCGGACAGAAUGACACACUGUGGCGUGCUYGAGUUUGUGGCUGAUGAGGGCAUAUGUUACCUUCCACACUGGAUGAUGCAGAACUUGCUGCUGGAAGAAGGAGGCCUGGUGCAAGUGGAGAGUGUCAAUCUGCAAGUUGCUACUUACUCAAAAUUUCAGCCACAGAGCCCAGAUUUUCUUGACAUCACCAAUCCCAAAGCUGUACUAGAAAAUGCAUUGAGAAACUUUGCCUGUCUAACCACUGGGGAUGUUAUUGCCAUCAACUACAAUGAAAAGAUCUAUGAGCUUCGGGUAAUGGAGACCAAACCAGACAAGGCUGUGUCCAUCAUAGAGUGUGAUAUGAAUACACAGAAUAGGUCUCUCUGUGUUCAAUUCAAUGGGAGGUAUAAAACUUAUUUCAUAAUAUUUUUGUGCUUCUUUUCCAGAGGAAUUCCCAACUAUGACUUCAAGAUCGGUAGAAUCACAUUCAUUAGGAAUUCACGUCCACUGGUUAAGAAAGUGGAAGAGGAUGAAUCUGGAAGCCGGUUUAUUGCCUUUUCAGGAGAAGGCCAGUCCCUGCGCAAGAAAGGAAGAAAGCCCUAAGUUAUGUACCCUCAGCUAGUUAGGGGGAAAAUAAAAUAACAGUUGCAGCAUAUUGGAUCUUAGUUAUUGCACUUGAGAGAUCAUUUUGCAACACAGGAACACUUAAUAGUUUUGGUUUUGGUUUCAUGWUUAGAGUUGGAGUUGUCAGAGUGUCUUAAUUUUCASUUGAAAAUUAAGUUCUGGGAAUUUGGAAGGAGCUUUUUGUAUGUGUUGUAAAGAGGGGAACAUAGAUCUCUGAUGAACCUGAGAAGUAAAACUAACAAGAGUCCCUUACUAAAGAUCCGGUUCUUAGACUACAUCCUCCCCUUAUCUUCCGAGUGAUGAUGGUCUCAUGUUGCUCUGUGCUUGUUWUUUUUCUCCCUGUAUAUGUAUUUUGCCACAAUUUCAGGUCAGCUUUUUGGUGUGGUGCAAAUGAAGGGUGACUUUGUUGUUUAGGACCUUUGUGCAGGGAGUCUCUUCGAGCUUAGCUUCAGGUAUUGGGUUAUUUAAUCAUYCUAAGCAAGCCCCCUGUAAUUGCUUUUUAUAUUUAUAAUUAAUAACAUGCCUUUUAAUAGUUCAGAUACUAUAACGUAGUGUAGCAAUCUCAGGCACGAGUCGGGAGAGGAGAGACCCAGUUGCACUGCCCUGGUGCCGCUUUGGAAUGAUGCGGGUUGAAUCCUGUGCGUCCUCUGCCGGCGAGCAACCCCUGCGCUCUUCGAGUAAAG